CCGCCCUUAAAGCCCGGCCGCCCCCGGCAGCUUCCUCCCUUCUUUCCCUGCCUUCCCGCUGCCUUUCAGCCCCGAGCGCUCCGGCGGGACCGCGCCGGCGACAUGGGUGGAAAAACUACUGGCAAGUCGGUGCUCUGCUUUGGCUUCCCUUUGAGCAUUUUCUUCAUCGUCAUCAAUGAGUUCUGCGAGCGGUUCUCCUACUAUGGCAUGAAAGCUGUGCUCACUUUGUAUUUCUCACGUUUCCUACACUGGGAAGACAACUUUGCCACUGCCAUCUACCAUACGUUUGUUGCUCUGUGUUACUUGACGCCAAUCCUUGGAGCAAUCAUUGCGGACUCUUGGCUGGGAAAGUUUAGGACCAUUCUCUACCUGUCCAUUGUUUAUGCAAUUGGGCAGGCAGUGCUCUCUGUGGGCUCCAUAAAUGACCUGACAGAUCACAACCAAGAUGGCUUUCCCGAUGCUAUCGCAGUGAACAUUGCUUUGUCCAUUGUUGGCUUGAUCCUUAUUGCCUUGGGUACUGGUGGGAUCAAACCGUGUGUGUCAGCAUUUGGUGGAGAUCAGUUUGAAGAUGAUCAGGAAAAGCAAAGAGGUACCUUCUUCUCUCUCUUUUAUUUGUCCAUUAAUGCUGGAAGUCUCUUAUCUACUUUAAUCACUCCAACUAUCAGAGCUUCACAGUGUGGCAUUCAUAGCAAACAGGAAUGUUACCCGCUUGCUUUUGGAGUUCCUGCUAUCCUCAUGGCUGUUGCCUUGGUUGUGUUCGUAAUUGGAAGCAAAAUGUACAAGAAAGUUAAACCACAAGGAAACGUAAUGCUUGAAGUUUUCAAAUGUGUUAGAUUUGCCAUCAGAAACAAGUUUCGUCAUCGAAGCAAGGGAUACCCCAAGAGAGAGCACUGGCUGGACUGGGCAAGUGAGAAGUAUGAUAAACGACUGAUUGCUCAGAUAAAGAUGGUGUUGAGGGUGCUUUUCCUUUACAUCCCUCUCCCCAUGUUCUGGGCAGUUUUUGACCAGCAGGGGUCAAGAUGGACACUGCAAGCCACAGCAAUGAAUGGGGAUUUUGGUUUUCAAAUUCAACCAGACCAAAUGCAGAUUGUGAAUCCAAUCCUGAUUGUUGUAAUGGUCCCAGUUGUAAAUUCUGUGGUUUAUCCUUUAAUCAAGAAAUGCAAGCUGAAUUUUACGCCCCUGAAGAAGAUGACUGUGGGGAUGUUCCUUGGCUCUAUGGCUUUUGUUGCUGCUGCCCUUGUGCAAGUGCAAAUAGAUAGGAGCAAUCCAGUUUUCCCUGCAGCUGGGCAAGCUCAAAUUAAAUUAAUAAAUCUGGGUGCUGUUCCUGCAACAGUUCAAUUCCAGCCUCAACUUCAGACUGUGAAUGUAACACCUAAUGAAGGGACUGACUACAUGACAUUUGAGACUUCUAAGCUGCAAUCAUUAGACAUAAUUUCUGCAAAUCAAAAUAAAACUGAGCAUUUGGAGCUGCAGGAGGGACAGCGCUACACUUUGGCAUUUAAAUGGGUUCCAAUGGACAUCAAUUAUACUUGGAUAGAGGACAAUGUCACAUCAAAACCAAAAGAUGGAAGAAGUCUUGUCAGGUUCAUAAACAAUUUCAGUUUUACUGUCAAUGUUACUAUGGAUGACAUGGUUUUUGGAGAACUGGAUCCUCUUUCUGUCACAAAUUACACCGUCAUUCCAAAUCCAGGCUGGUCAUAUACAAUUAGGGCUUCAAUGCCUCAAUACACUUGUACAGUUGGUUCAAAGGAAUUUGGAUAUGGUGGUGUCUAUACCAUUUCACUUGAUGAUUGUGUUGAAAAGAAACUUAUCAUUACACACUUUGAAGAUAUUGCACCAAAUACAGUCCAUAUGGCUUGGCAGAUCCCUCAGUAUUUUCUUCUUACAUGUGCAGAAGUGCUGUUCUCUGUCACUGGACUGGAGUUUUCAUACUCACAGGCCCCGUCUAACAUGAAGUCAGUGCUGCAGGCAGGAUGGCUGCUGACUGUGGCUGUUGGUAACAUAAUUGUCCUUAUUGUGGCUGGGGUAUCUGCAAUCCAACAGCAGUGGGCAGAGUAUGUGCUGUUUGCUGCCCUGCUGUUGGUAGUUUGCGUCAUUUUUGCUAUCAUGGCUUCUUUUUAUACCUAUAUUGAUCCCAAUGAGAUUGAAGCUCAGUUCAGCAAGGAAGAAAAGGAAGAAGACAAGAAGGAUCAAGACAGCAAUGAAAAGAAAACUGAAAAUGAUUCUCGACUGUAAAAGCUGUAUUCAAGGAGUGUUUGUAAAUCAUGGAAUCAAGGAAAUCCCACUCAUUCUCCUGCAGUCAGAGGAAUCAGGGUAUCAGUAAUAACACCUCUGGUUUACAUGCCUUGUGGAAGACAUUAAGCAAAACUGGUUUAACUUAAAGUGCAGCCUCUCUAGGGAAGCAACAGGAAAAUAUUGUUCUCUCUUGUACUGAAUGUGGUGUCCUGAAGAAACUCCAGCAGAAGUUGCACUCUUAAUGUACCUCAAUCUUAUAUAUUAUAGCAUUAUAAUAUUGAAAUUAGACUUGGAAGUUUUGGACCCUUUGAAAAGAUGUAUUUUUAUACUGUAUUUCAAUUUUAUAUUGUGAAAGAAACAAGACUUUUUCAAGGAACAGCAAUUGAAGCCAAGCUCUCUGCCUGAUCUCUAGCAUCACUGUUACUUGAAAACAGCAGGUCACACGUGCCUUAAAUUCUUUUGUACUUCCUUGUAGAUAAUGGGAGCAAAGCUCUGGCAGUGAUCAGAUUAAAAUGUUGUCCGUGUUCCAAGUGGCAGGAACUUGGAUGUGCACUGUAAUAUAAUGCUUUAUCUGCCUGUUAACUACCCAUUUAACUCCUGUUAUGUCUUUAGUUAAUAUUAGAAGUGCCCACUCAGGUAAAAUGAUAACAGCAAAUGACCUUUGGAACAAGCAAGAGCAAUAAAACUUACAUAAAAACAAAAUAAGGAAAGUGUUUUAAGAACAUGGCUUACAGUUGUAUGGUAACAAAACUCAAUACCACCUCCGUGGUGCCCUGAUCUACACUCUCCAUCACUUAAAGCUAACGGAUCAGUGCUGCUCUUCUCUAUGUGAAUCUACCAGAACACUUGUCAAAUUUAUGCUAGGGGAGAUGAAAUUUUGCUGCUUAACAGGACCUGCUCCCGUAGUCCUGAGCUCCAUGUAAUGGAGUGCCAGGGGUCUGCAUGUUGUUUUGGUAAUUCUCCUUCUUUAGGGUCUACAUCCUUCACUUUUCCAGCACCUUGGGCUCACUGGCCCCUCCAGUAGCCUGCCCAGACUUUCAGCUGCUUUCUCACCUGCCUUGCAAUACUCUUAUCCUAUUUUACAGCAAUUCCAUUUUGGUGUUGGCAAGUGAUGGCACAGACAUCCACAUUCAAGCCAUGGCUGUUCUGCUCACACUGCAGGUCCAUGGGUCCCUGUGCUCGCUGUUCCCACUGCAGCUGCUGCACCUAGGCACUGAGAAUAGAGUCCCUCACCCAUGGAGACAGUUUCAAAUGGAGUUUGAAAAGGCAAGUCCAAGGCACUCUUUGUUUGUGUCAGAGAUAGUCCUGUUACCCCCGAGGCAGCAAUCCCCUCCUGGUCUCUUGGGUCAUCUGGGGGGAACCUUUCCCAUGGAUUUAUGAUACUGCAUGUUCCCCAGCCAAUGGAACUGAGGGUCUACUGUAACAGCCACAGGAGCAACUGGCUCCCUGCCAUCCUCUGAGGAUUUAAGGGAAUUUUAUACCAGCUUUAUUUAUGGCCAAGUAGCCAGCUUUUCCUCUGCCA